AUGAUAAGGUACGACAAUAAGCGGUCCGCUUGCAAUAAGGACUCACCCAAGGGCCAAUAUGCGGCACUUGAGGGUGAUACAAUAGCCCUCAAAGAUGUACAACUCGUAGCACCAUCUGCUGUACGUCUCGGCGACACGGUGUCCCUAGGUUGUACCUUCCAACUCGAAGGCAAUGAGACCCUGUAUAGCGUCAAGUGGUACAGGGGACGACAGGAGUUCUUCAGCUAUUUACCAAAAGAAUAUCCUACUACGAGGAUAUUUGCUGUGCCUGGGAUAGACAUUGAUGAAUACAGAUCAACAUCCCAGCAAGUUGUGUUACGUGACGCCACUCGCGCUCUGGCCGGGAGGUACCGCUGCGAAGUCUCGGCAGACGCGCCGUCCUUCCACACGCAAGUUCGCUCCGCCAUCAUUCAUGUCGUUGAACUCCCGUCGGAGAAGCCAACGAUAAAGGCUGAGAAAGGCUGGUAUGCGUCAGGAGACUCUCUGAAAGCACACUGCAGCUCUCCACCUGCCGACCCACCGGCCAACCUGACCUGGUUGCUAAAUGGGAAAGAUAUCGAAGGCAAACCGAUAAUACAGCAGCGUAUUCUUCCCAGUCCGGCUGUGUCAAUCGAUAUACCCCACCCAGCACGCACCCCACCACCUCUCGAUGAGAACAACAACAUCAUUUUCAGCCCUUGGAAGGCUUUUGGACCUUUUGUUGAUACUAUACAGGACGGUGAAAUGCUGCCAAGUCAAGACAGCGUAAUGCUUCCUACUCCAAGGAACCACGAGCUCUCCUUGGAUGAUGAUGUCACAGAUCCCAUACCUACUGCAGAAACAUCGAAUAAGGUGGCGUCAGUAAGCCAACUGUCCUUCAUAGUGCGACCGGACAGCUUCGAGCGCGGUCAGCUUCGCCUCACGUGCAUCUCGACGGUGCACUCUGUGUACAGCGAACGCGCUGAGCUCGUCAUCAAUGAGGAGCGGCCGCAGAUCGCCUCUGUGCUGGGCACGAGGGGGCACGCUACAGGUCCAGUGGCAUCUGCGUUGCUGACUGUUCUUUGUUCUGUGGUCGUCUUCAGUAAUGUUAUAAUGAGACAAAUCCUCCGAUGAUGGCGGGCCGCGGCAGACGC